AAACAUAAUUGCAACUUUUUGUGAGAUAAUAAAAAAAAGCUAUGACAUCAUUUUCCUGCGCCUGUGUUGAUGUGGAGAAUCGGUGGGAAUUAUUUGAAGCCAGAAAGGUUUAAACAGCGUGAUCAAGAUGGUCGUCUUUCCAAGUUCUUUAACAGAGGAAGAAGAGGCAUUGCAAAAGAAGUAUGCCAAAUUGAAAAAGAAGAAAAAGGCCCUCCUGGCUUUGAAGAAACAGAGCUCCACUAAUCAGAACAAUCAGGCAGGACUGAAGAGAACCUUGUCAGACCAACCUGUGCUGGACUCAGCAUCAGCUACAGAACAGGCAAAGAAACUCAUUAAGUCUGGGGCCAUCAGUGCUAUCAAAUCAGAAAAUAAGAACUCUGGUUUCAAGCGCUCACGGACAUUGGAAUGCAAACUUAAGGACCCAGAGAAAGGGCCGGCCCCAGCCUUUCAGCCAUUUCAAAGAAGCUUCUCCACUGAUGAUGAGCCUUCUGAGUCUAGCAAAAGGACUCAAAGAUCUCACAAAUCUCUCUAUGAUUGUUUUGUGACUCCAGGUGAUCGUUCCCGUGAAGAUGAGGAAGGAAGUGGGACGCCAUUGCCUAGUGGGACGCCCUUGCCUAGUGGGACGCCAUUGACGCCAUUGCCUAGUGGGACGCCCUUGCCUAGUGGGACGCCUUUGUCUAGUCGAGACACCGACCGUGACCAAGAGCGAGAACGUGAAGUGGAGCGAGAAAGAGAUCGAGAAAGAGAGAGGGACCGGGAGAGAGACAGAGAGCGAGAGCGGGACAGGGGCAGAGAAAGAGACAGAGAGCGCGAGCGUGACCGCGACAGGAGUCGAGAGAGGGACCGUGAUCGUGAGAGAGACCGCGAAAGAGACCGCGAUCGGGAAAGAGACCGGGAGAGAGACCGGGACAGAGAUGGACCAUUCAGACGCUCUGACACAUACCCUGAGCGGAGAGGUGCGCGGAAAGGCAACACGGUGUACGUCUAUGGCACAGGCCUGGUGGAAGACAGCCUGCGCACUGCCUUUUCCCCACACGGCAACAUCAUCGACCUGUCCAUGGACUCCCCUCGCAACUGUGCCUUUAUCACUUUUGAGAAGAUAGAGUCGGCUGACCAGGCUGUUGCAGAGUUGAAUUGCACUUCAGUUGGUGACAUUCCCAUCAAAGUCAGCAUUGCCAGAAAACAACCUAUGCUGGAGGCAGCCACAGGCAAAUCUGUCUGGGCUUCUCUGGCUGUGCAGAACAGUGCGAAGGGUUCCUACAGAGAUAAGAGAAACCAAGUUGUGUAUGAUACUGCAGACUUAUUUAAGUAGGUUUGUCUAGUGCUGUUUCUUAUGUAGUGUGAGUUGUGAAAUCUUCUGCUAGUGCUCAAUAGAAAGCCGGGGUGCUUGCUUUUGUACAGAUGCAUUUACAGAUUAGUAACGUUUGUGCAAAGAUGCUUUACUCCGUUCAUGUUGACAGCAGCUUUUUUUCUUUUUUUCUGUGGCACUCAAUAAAGCUUGUCAAUACACUUUUCCA